AUGAGACACAGGUUAUUGUUUGAUAUUGAGGCAUUGGAUUCAGCGGGCGGAGAACGGCCUCUGUUCAUCCAAACAGAUAAAGGUUACUGGAACUUAGUAUACGGUGGCCACAAAUACACAUUGCUCCAGCGGGAAGGACCGAUAAAGAGAUGGCGCUGUACCAAAAGAGCAUACAGAGGCUGUCGAGUGACCUUGCAGACGAAGGACAAUGAUAUUGUAGCCGUGUACAACGAUCAUAACCAUCCACCACAUAAGUCUUUUGUUAAAGAGAGUAUUUUAGAGCAGGGUAUACUAAAGACUGAAGAUCUCAGUAAAGCCGAUAUAAGUAGUGAGUUCGACGUCGAGUCAGAUGACGGCGUUGAUGAUCCAAUCUUUAGGCAUAGAUUACGGUCAACAGAUUCAACUUUAUCUGCCAGCUACAGCAGCUCAUCAACUCCAGUCUUACGAACAUGCUCACAGCCUUCUCACAGUGAAAACAUUUCACCCAAAUUACAAUCCUCUAACAGCAGCAAAAACACUUGCAAAUUCUCACUUUGA